AGAUGGAAACUGACACAAGUGACAGUGACUGAGGAUAAUAAUGAUAGAAGACAAAGUGAUCCGUCUCUAGUCGGCGCCGCAGCAUUCUUCCGCCGCUCCUUUGCUGCACAGCGUCACUCUCUGUAGAAUACAUUGACCUUGACAUAUCCAGCUUGCAUGACAACCUGGUGCGGGCUGAGCUGAAAGGUUUCCUCUCUUUGCCAAGAGCUGGAAGACAACAGGGCCGAGGCUUUGGGGACCAGGCGUCAGCAGAAAUCCACUCUGUCUUGCUGCAGUAACAAAUGAGCUUUUAUUUGUGAAGUUAACAGUGCUAACAGCUGACUCCAUAAGGGCCAAUUACGGGCUGAAGGGAAUACAGGGCCAAGAUGAAGGAGACAGCAGUCGUGGCUUGUUUGCUGGCUGAGCUGUCUCUGGCUGCUUUUGUUCCGGCCUCUGCGGGGGCCGCUCGCUGCCCUGCACUGUGUCGAUGUGAGAUACGACCCUGGUUCUCACCCAGCUCCAUUUACACAGAGGCAGCUACUGUGGACUGUAAUGACCUGGGCCUCUCAGUGCUACCGGAGAGACUCCCUUCACAAACACAGAUACUGCUGUUGCAGACAAACAACAUCGUCAGCGUGGAGAAAACUUUGGAGUACUUGGACAAUAUCACUGAAAUUGACUUGUCUCAGAAUAACAUUUCCUCUGUAAGCAAUGUUUAUCUGGGCUCUCUUCCCCAGCUGCUGUCACUCCACAUGGAAGAGAACUGGAUCCAGGAACUUCCUGACAGCUGCCUCGCCUCCCUGCCCAGUCUCGAGGAGUUCUACAUCAACCACAACCUGAUUUUCUCAAUCAGCCCCCGAGCUUUCCAGGGACUGGGGAGGCUUCUGAGGCUUCAUCUCAACUCCAAUCGCCUAACAAGCAUCAACAGUCAAUGGUUCCAGCCACUUUCCAACCUGGAGAUAUUGAUGCUGGGAGAAAACCCUAUCCUAGAGCUCUCAGACAUGAACUUUAAACCACUGGUCAAUCUGCGCAGCCUUGUGCUGGCCAGGAUGAAUUUGACUGAAAUCCCUGAAAAUGCUCUCGUUGGUCUUGAGAACUUGGAGAGUAUCUCGUUUUUUGACAACCUGCUGAGCCAAGUCCCUCGAACAGCUCUGAAGCGUGUCGAGAACAUGAAAUUCUUGGAUUUGAAUAAGAAUCCCAUUGAAAGGAUUCAGAGAAGUGACUUCAUGAACAUGAUGCAUCUGAAGGAGCUGGGCAUUAACAGCAUGCCCAAACUUGUGUCCAUCGACAGUUUUGCCCUCAACAACUUGCCUGAGCUGACAAAAAUUGAGGCUACCAACAACCCAAAACUCUCCUACAUUCAUCCCAGAGCCUUCCACAAGCUCCCCAGGCUGGAGACCCUGAUGCUGAACAGCAACGCUCUAAGUGCACUUCACCAGAACAACGUGGAGGCCCUGCCCAAACUGCGAGAGAUCAGUCUGCACAGUAACCCCAUCCGAUGCGACUGCGUCAUACGUUGGGUCAACAUGAACAGAACUGGUCUUCGCUUCAUGGAGCCCGACUCACUGUUCUGUGUGGAACCUCCAGAGUACAAAGGCCAACAUGUCCAACGGGUGCAUUUCAGGGAGAUGGCAGACAUCUGCCUUCCUCUGAUCUCACCUGGGAGCCUCCCAGAUCGUGUUGAUGUUAGUAAAGGGAGCUCAGUGACACUGCACUGCAGAGCGUUUGGUGAACCAGAGCCUGAGAUCUACUGGGUGACCCCGGUGGGCGAGCGGUUUAUGCCUGGGACCGUGUCUGACAAAUACUAUAUGCACCCCGAGGGAACUUUGGACAUUUACGACAGCACAGAGCAGGAAGCUGGCUCAUACACCUGCAUCACUCACAAUCUAGUUGGGGCAGACCUCAAAUCUGUGACCGUGGUGGUGGAUGGUUAUUUUCCCCAAUCUUCAAACCAGUCUUUACACGUGGCCAUCACAUCUGUCCAGUCAUAUUCUGUCACGCUUUCCUGGGAAUGCUCUGGUGGUUUGGUAUCGCAACUAAAGUGGGCGGCUUUCGGCGAUGCAAGUUGGCUCUCGGUGGCCUUCACAGCCAGGCUUCCACCUGAUGUCAAAGAGUACCACAUCAAAGAGCUCAACCCGUCUACUCGGUAUCAGGUUUGUGUCGAGGUCACGGCGGUACAACGCGGGCACAGCAGGGACUGUGUCAAUGUGACUACAAAUGAAGAGGAAGUCCAGGUGUCAAAAAGUGAGAGUCAGGACAGUUUCGUGAUGGCUGCUUGUGCUGUAUUUUUUAUCGUGCUCGCCAUGGCUUGCUCUGUUAUCUACACUUCUUUGUACAACCGAGUGUUUUACAGGAAACUCGUAGUUGACUCAGCUGAAACCCCAGUGAUCCCCACUCAUUCCUCCUUUUCCUUGUCUUUCCUGGAGUUUGGCACGUCUGGAGACAAGGUGAAGGCAACGGUAAUAGACUUAUCGGAUGACUCCGUGUAACAAAUGUCCUCGUCUGUGAAGGCAAUUUGGGAUUAAGACAACAUGAAUCGUGAUGGACACUGGACAAUGACAUUCACAUGCCCGUUUUUCAUUAACCGCGGAUGGAACAUUUUGCUCCGAAAUUCGGCAAGGUGGCAUCAGAGGAAAAACUCAUACACAUUUACAUAACCGGCUAAAAGCAGAGACUAUUUUGUAUUCAAAUUGUGCCAUGAUAAGAAGCUUACACAGGCUGAUAUCUUGAUUAUAAUCCACAUGGCUACUGCUCAUCCAUGCAGUGCGACUAGAGUAAAGCACAGCACAGAAAUGACA